GGGGGGGGGGGGACGUGGGGGUUUAUGUACAACAGAUAGUUGCCUUCUAUCCGCCACCAUGGUCAUCAGAAUCUACGGGCACGCCGUCGCUCCCACCGUCAGGCUCGUCGCUGAGGUUUGCAAUGAAAAGGAAAUACAAUACAAGCUCGUGCCCGUAGCAGUAUACAAGGGCGAGCACAAAACACCUGCAUUCAAGCAGUUCCAGCCCUUCGGUCAGGUUCCUUAUAUCGAUGAUGAUGGCUUCAUAUUGUAUGAAUCUCGAGCGAUCUGCCGAUACCUUGCAAAGAAAUAUGAAGGGCAAGGUACACCUACUCUCAUCCCCAAGGAUGCCAAGGGGGAGGCUCUAUUCGAACAGGCGGCGUCGAUCGAAGCGUUCAAUUUCUAUCCCUUCGCCUCUGGUCUUGCCUUUGAGAAGAUCAUCAAGAAACACCAAGGUAUGGAGACGGACGAGGUCAAGGUGAAGGUCAUCCUAGGAGAGCAGCCGUACUUGGCCGGGGAGGACGUUACGUUAGCUGAUCUAUUCCACUUGCCCUAUGGGACGAUCGCUAUAGAGGAGCUUGGUUAUAACGUGCUCGAGAACAGACCGAAUGUGGCAAGGUGGUGGAAAGCGAUUUCGUCGCGACAGGCUUGGCAGGAUGUGAAGAAUGGAGCAUAGAAGUCAAUAUGUGUAUACGUUCAAGUGACUGACGGCGUAGAUGUCCCGUAGUAAUUUGGCAAUGCUUCUGUAACGGUAUAGGAUGUAAUACUUCGGCCGUGGUUUCCUGAAAUGGAAGGUGGUCACAUGCCCUUCUCCGUCCUACUAAUCAUCAUUAGUAACUAAUA